CACACUUACAAUUAUCAUUCUUAUUUCAAUUAACAUGUCUAUGCGAAGAGAGCUCUAAUUACAGGCCUUCCGAUUUCGUUACUUCAGAAACUAAUCUCCCUCUUUAGCUCUCUAAUCACAUAAGCCAUAUAGAAACAUAACUCACACACACAUGGACUCAAGAACCCAUGAUCAAAAACGAGAUAUCUUUUCCGAAGAGCCAACAGUUGAUUGGAAAGGGAGACCCUCGAAUCCCAUCAAACAUGGGGGUAUGCGAGCUGCUGCAUUUGUUCUUGGAGUUCAAGCAUUUGAGAUAAUGGCUAUAGCUGCAGUAGGUAAUAACCUUAUAACAUAUGUGACAAAUGAGAUGCACUAUUCGCUGUCAAAAGCAGCAAACAUAGUCACAAACUUCAUCGGUACUGUGUUCCUUCUCACCCUCUUUGGUGGCUACCUAUCUGAUUCAUAUCUGGGUUGCUUCUGGAGCAUGCUAGUCUUUGGCUUUAUCGAACUUUCGGGUUUCAUACUGUUAUCAGUUCAAGCCCAUCUCCCUCAGCUGAAACCACCACCUUGCAACAUGCUCAUUGAUGGAGAUCGAUGCAUUGAGGCCAAAGGAGGGGAGGCAUUAAUAUUCUUUGUAGCACUCUACUUGGUGGCCUUAGGAAGUGGGUGUGUGAAGCCAAACAUGUUGACUCAUGGUGGUGAUCAAUUCAACAAGAGCGACUCAAAGCAGUCAAAGAAGCUAUCAACCUACUUUAAUGCUGCCUACUUUGCCUUUUCCCUUGGUGAACUUAUUGCUCUCACUCUACUUGUGUGGAUCCAAACCCAUUCGGGUAUGGAUAUUGGGUUCGGGGUGUCUGCCAUCGUCAUGGCAAUGGGCUUGAUAUGUUUGGUUUCUGGUACCCUAUAUUAUAGGAACAAGCCUCCACAAGGAAGCAUUUUAGCCCCUAUAGCACAAGUGUUUGUUGCCGCAUUUUUUAAGAGGAGACAAGUGCCCCCGUCUAGUCCACACAUGCUUGAAAGCCAUUUCACAAUAUUGUCAAAUGAGAGGCCAAUUACUGAUCGGUUCAGCUUCUUAGACAAAGCUUGCAUAAGGAGACAAGAAGGGAACACCAAUAAUGCAAAGGAAAGCCCAUGGAGGCUGUGCACUGUGAACCAAGUUGAGCAAGUGAAGAUACUAAUCUCAAUCAUCCCGAUAUUUGCUAGUACUAUUGUCUUCAACACCAUUUUAGCACAACUCCAAACAUUCUCAGUGUCACAAGGAAGUGUGAUGAACAACCAACUCACAAAAUCCUUCCACAUCCCACCAGCCUCACUCCAAGCCAUCCCUUACAUCUUGCUAAUAUUUGUAGUCCCCCUAUAUGACUAUUUUUUCGUCCCUUUUGCUCGAAAUAUCAGUGGUAAUGAUUCUGGAAUCACCCCCUUACAGCGCAUUGGAGUGGGUUUAUUUGUUGCAACUUUUUCAAUGGUCUCCGCUGCACUAAUGGAGAAGAAGAGAAGAGAUUCGUUUUUGAACUCUGGUCAAACGUUAUCUAUUUUCUGGAUAACCCCACAAUUCUUAAUCUUUGGAUUAUCUGAGAUGUUUACAGCUGUGGGGUUGAUCGAGUUCUUUUACAAUCAGUCAUUGAGAGGGAUGCAGUCUUUCUUGACCGCUAUGACAUACUGUUCGUACUCCUUUGGAUUUUAUCUAAGUUCAGUUCUUGUUUCUUUGAUAAAUAAGAUUACUUCGAGAUCAAUGGAUGGUGGUUGGCUGGGUGGUGUUGAUUUAAAUAAGGGCAGAUUGGACCUUUUCUACUGGCUGUUAGCAGGACUAAGUUUGAUCAACUUUCUAAACUAUCUCUUCUGGGCAAGAUGGUAUAAUAAUUCGUGUAAUCGUUCUCCUUCAGGCAAAGCACACCAUAACUCCAUCGAAGAAGGCUUUCACAAUACCUUCGGUCCUGCUAAAGUAGUUGGAGAUGACAAUAUUCCUUGAAGUAUGAUGUCAGCAUGAUGUACAUUAGAAAGUCCAAG